AUGUUCGUCGGCUCUGAAUAUGUACCACAGAGGCAGAAUGCUGUAAGCGCUGCGGUCUCCUUCUUGCUUGCUACAUGUUUCAUUGCACUGGCGACAGCGGAAGAAUUUCAAGAAUAUGACUUUGUAAUAGUCGGCGGAGGGAGCGCAGGUAGCGUGAUCGCGGACCGGCUGUCCGAGUGUCCGUUCUUCGAUGUAUUGGUUAUCGAAGCUGGCGACGAACCAGGUACAGAGUCCAUCCUUCCCGGCCUUUUUUCUACUUUACCGCACACGAGGUAUGACUGGAAUUUUACAUCAGUAAACGACAAUCGCACAGCUCAAGAUCACACGAUAAAAGCUUUAAAUCUCACAUGUGGACAUGUUCUGGGUGGAGGAAGCAGCAUUAACUACAUGUUUUACGUACGUGGCUGUCCAAAAGAUUAUGAUUCUUGGGCGGAAGUUGCAAGUGACGCCUCCUGGAAUUACACAAAUAUUUUUAAAUAUUUCUUAAAAAGUGAGAACCUUAAAGAUCCAAGCAUACUUAAUUCCGAAUACAGAAAAUAUCAUGGUACGACUGGCUUUCUAGGAAUUACAAGAGGAGACAGAAAUGUGACGAAACAAUAUUUAAAAGCUUUUGAAGAAGUUGGUCAUAAAAUACUCUUUGAUGUUAAUGGAGAGGAAAAAUUGGGGUAUACUUUACCACUUUUUACAAUCGCCGAUGGCAUAAGGCAAAGCACUGCAAUCAAAAAUUUACAAGCAAAUAAACAUCGUCCAAAUCUCCAUGUUUCAACACUGACGUUAGUUACAGAAAUACUAUUUGAAAAUAAUAUUGCAAUUGGCGUUAAGGCACUGACGGAGGCCAAUGAGAUAAUUAUUAUCAAAGCAAGGAAAGAAAUCAUUAUAUCAGCGGGAGGAAUUAAUAGCCCAAAAUUGCUAAUGCUUUCGGGAAUAGGUCCGCGAGAGCACUUGGAAUCUUUGGAUAUCUCAGUAAGGAGCGAUCUACCCGUGGGGUACAAUUUCCAAGACCAUAUAUCAGCCGUAGUGACAUAUAAAAUGGAAAAGACAAACGCAUCGACACAACCAGAAGAUUUGCGGAAAUUUCCGCCGCUUAUUAUUGGUUACGGUGCUCUAAACCAGUCUGAGUAUUGUCCCGCGUACCAAGUGCUUAGCUUCAUUGAAUCGAAAGGUUCUUCGUUGAGUGAAAUUUGUAAGUUUACUUAUGGUUUUAAAGAAUCGAUAUGUAAUAAAUUACUUACUGGUGCUCAAGAUCGAAACUUGCUAUCUGCGAAUUUAAACCUGUUACACCCCAGAUCGCGUGGUAGAGUCCUGCUCAAAAGUGUAAACCCAAGAGAUCCACCACUAGUAAUUACCAACGCGUUCGCCAACGAACGAGAUUUAGAAGAUUUAACGGACUCUAUGAUUGACUAUAUAAAAGUGUUAAAUUCAACAUAUUUUAAGAGUGUGCAGGCGGAAUUAGUAGAUUUGGAGCUGGAGAGGUGUCCGAAGUUCGAUAUUAGUGACAGAGCAUAUUGGAAAUGUUAUGUGCAAAGCAUGAUGUAUUACUCUUCCGACUUCGCGGGCACAUGCGCGAUGGGUAAAGUGGUGGACAGCAAGCUGCGCGUUCACAACAUCGAACGUUUGCGAGUGGCCGACGGCAGCAUCAUGCCCAGCCUCACUAGUGGAAACAUAAACGCGCCAGUUAUCAUGAUAGCUGAAAAACUGGCUGAUAUUGUCAAACAAGCGCAUUCUUGUAGACAUUCUAAAUUAAGUUGUAUAAGGGACUUGUUAGCUGAAUGGUUGGUUAGUAAU